UGGUUGAAUCCUACUUCAACAUUGCUGAUUUCUUUUGUGUAUUUCCCAAAACUGAAAUAGGCCAACGAUCGUUUCUCUUCGUGAGAAAUACUUCGUUUUUCCGUUUAGACCACCAAUCAUUUAUGGAGUGGAUUCUUGGGUUUCAAUGCAAGUUUGAAAUACCAUGAUACAAAACUAGCUUCAAACUUUGAUUCCUUUUUGGGCGACCGCUCUGUUAUCAGCGCAGAAGAUGUGAACAAUAUGGGACAAAAUGAUAAAAAAUCAACCCUUCCGCGCGUAUAACAGCGAAUUAAGUGUGCCGGCGGUCAUAAUUCUUCUUUUCGUGUGCUCGGUUGAAAUGGUGGCCGGAACCUUUCACUACUUCGCCUACGGAAGCAACCUGCUUGCCAAGAGAAUACACAUACAAAAUCCUACUGCAGUGCGGAAAGGAUACGGUUACCUGCAGGAUUAUGGACUGGACUUUUUCCAUUAUGCGGCACGCUGGCGAGGUGCUCCGGCAACGAUCGUUGAGCAGAAGGGUGAGCGCGUGUGGGGCGCAAUAUGGGAGAUUGAUAACAGCAAUCUAGCCGAUCUGGAUCGCCAGGAAGGUGUACACAACAGCGUGUAUAAGCCGCUAACGCUGCCGGUGGUGUUACCAACUGGUGGUACCCUAGAUUGUCGGGUGUAUCAGUUGGUGAAUAAUCCGUGCCCCUUGGGAGAAGCGGAAGAACGGCCGUACGAGCGGCAACCAUCGAAAACGUACAUGAAUAUCAUCAUUAACGGAGCAAAGGAAACGGGCUUGCCGGAGGAGUACGUGAGCUGGCUGAAAAGCGUCCAGCACAACGGCAACACUGGUGAUCCGCAACUAUCUUUGGAAUUAGAGAAACCCAUCGACGAUUAAAUCGAUCGAAGCGAAGCUUAUGGAAUAAUUUGAAUCCGAAUUUUGUGUUGGAAGCGUUUCAUUGUAUUACUUUGCACCGAACAAAUCGCUUGCUGAAAGCAACAUUUUACAAAUAAACUCAUCCUUUUAUUCUAAACAAA